UGGUCAUAAUGCACGUAUACGUGUUGUCGAGCGUGACACGCUUUGAACACAAUUAGAAUAACCCGGUGGGACAAAAUACGAGAUGGAGAGUCAAUCAUCAAAGCCGAGACAGAUUACGAUAGGCAUCUGUACAUCAGCGUUAAAGUCCAACAUCGAGGCUUUUAUAGAGAAAGUCAAAAGUCUCCCCAAUGUAGCAGUUAAAUUUAUUCAGCUACCAUACAAUGAUUUAGACAGUUUUCGGCUUUCAAGUGAAGGACUGGAUGGUGUGAUAGUCUGUCAUUCUAUCAACAAUCGUCGUUUUGCAAUCACAGACGUCAUGGAUGCACUCUAUGACAAGUUCUUGCCUCAUGUUCAAAAUAAAAUUGGAAAGGAAAACGUCUGUGUUAUUGCACAUGACUUUCGAUGGCCCAUGGGACCAACUGGAUCCGCAAAUCACACAAAGGUCAAGGAAACUUAUAUGGUCAGCUUCAAGAGAAAUCAGUCUACAACCUUUAAGUGUUCUAAACUGGCCAUCAUCUGUGGUAGUCUGGAUAAACAUGUGGAGGUGGAUGAAACAGAUUGGAAACAUCUUCAAAACUUCGUUCUACAAUGUCAUGUUACGCGGAGCUGGAUUGUCCAUGUCUUGUCAACAUCUCUGGCCCUCAUUAAGUUUUUUGUCCAUGUCUUGUCAACACCUCUAAGUAUGAUCAUGAAGGUAAUAGAGAGAUAUCUCCCUUGCCUCCAUCGUAUUUUAAUGCACAUUUACCAGGCCGCUGAAAUUGUUUUCAUUCCCGUCCAUGAUGACGACCUUCCCACAGUUCUGAUAUCCCGAGAAGCCCAAACUAGAAUCACUAUACCAUGUAUACGAAUCAUCGAAUAUAUACUUCUGCUGUUGUGCAGUCCUGUCAUUAUCAUGUGUAUGUUUGUAGAUUGUAUUUUUCAGCGGAUAUACCCCAAUGAUUCAGUCCAUUCACUGUUAAAGUCAUUCAAGAAAGAUGUUAUUAACAAAACCCUAGAAAGAUCUGCAACCUACAAAGGUCUGUGCUGGACUGUACUCUGGAUACCUUUUAACUUUACUUUCAAUUUCUGUUCAUUCAACCUUGGUAAUAUGCGUAGGCUGCUGCUGCUCUGUUUGUCAAUAUUUUGGAAAUGAAAGCAGUGUAUAUAUAUCUUAACCAGAUUCAUGGGGCGUUGAUGAGAGAGAAAAGUGAUAUCAUCAGAGCGUGAAUUAUAGAGCUAAAUAUCCCAAUAUUCCAUCACUGACAUCAUACACGGAAUAUUCAUCCAAUUUGGCGCCUCCAAGCUCCAAUUUUCAAAUAGUUAUCCCAAACAUUUUUUUUUCAAAUGAUUAUCCCAAACCUUUUUUUAUUAUGUGUUUUAAUUGUUUUGCAAAUAUAAAUUUUUUCAUCAAAAUAUACUACAUCCAAUGAUUUACCCGAAUCAAUCUCUGUAUUUCUUAUAAGCUUCACUUGGAAUGAGGUGGCUACUUGUAGAAUUAUACUUCUGUUCAAUGUACCCCAGAUAGCUUCAAAAUGCUACAGCUCGUGUCGUCGCACUGUCAAAUAAACGCUCACAUAUCAUAUUACUCAAAUUUGGAAUUCCCUGCAUUGGCUGCCUAAAAUGCCUAUAGAGAAUAGGAUCAUUUUUAAGAUUCAAAUUGUUGCUCGCUUUUCAUUGCCUUCAUGGAUAAGGCAGACCAAUACAUUUCUAGACGAACUACGGAAAUAUUAUGUACCGUAAGGGCACUAGUAUUCAACCCGUUUGGAGAGUUUCCUCAAAUAUAUUGAAAUAUAGAAUUUACCUGAAUUUCAGACCCGUCUUAUUUCCAAGAGCAAAUGCUGGUUAUUCUUUAUUUUUUUCUUCAACCAGUUGACUGUGUGCGCGGGUGAUCGAAUUAUACGGCGACGGAUUUUGGUACUAGUAUUCAACCCGUCGGCACUAGCAUUCAACCUAGCGAUGAAAGAUGGCCCUGUCUCUCAAUCUGCCCUUGUCCCAUCCGACUAUGGACUAGACCAUUUGAGAUGAGACCAAACAGGGAAUUAAUCAAAGCCAGAGACUUACAUAGAUCUAGAUCUAAUUUAGCAAUCUAAACCCUUUUGAGAUUUACUAUCAAUCCUCACUAGGUUGAAUACUAGUGCCAUUCAGUGCAAAAGGCCAUCGCCGCAUAAUUCGAUCCUCCGCGCAUAGCUAGUCGACAGAUUGACAAAGAAAAUACCGACAACAGAUUACCCUGGAAAUAACAAAGGUAUGAAAUUAAGAUAAAUUCCCUAUUUCUAAAUAUUUUGGGGAAUAUGUCAAAAUCUUUGAAUUAUGCCGGGUUGAAUACUAGUACCCAUACGGUAGGUCUCUUUGUUCUUCGACAUCCAGUUCCCUUGUGGUUCCAUACGUUUCAAAAACCUUGGGGAAAAUUACUGUGGAGUAGACUUCCUAAAGAAAGCAAAAAUUGUAUCUCUUUUGAGUCCUUCAUAGCAUUCCUAUAUUUAUUUCUUAAUUAUUUAUGCGCCUUGAUCACUCUACAGAGUGGAUUUGGCGCUUUAUUAGUCCGGUCCCAAUCAACCGGUCACUGGUCACAAUGUAUAAUGUAUGACUAAGAAGUCAUUUGGUAAUCUGUUUAUCGGUUAAACGUAAACAAUAUCUAUUUUCAUCUUUUAGAAAGACGAUGAUACCCAUGCACAGCCCCAUAAAUCUACAUAUAAAAAAGUGAUAAACUCACGACAACAUAUUGAUCAUAAUUAUCAUAAUAACUGCUGGCUGGGAUCGAACCUCAUAUUAUAUUACUUCAUUUUGAUGUUUCAAAUAUCACUUAGUUACAACCUGAAUAUUACUUUAUAAAACAUGUGUAUUAUCCUAUCAACCUUGUUCUGCUCAUUGUUGUUGUUGUUGUUUGGUUUUUAACGUCACUCUUAUUCAAAAAAUAAUAUAUGCGCCGAUCAAAAUAUCAUACCAAAUCAAAAAGGUUGUUUAUUUUUAUUAUUUUCAGUAGAUAAGACCUUACGUAAUACUGUAUAUAUAUUGUAAACAUCACUUUCUCUUGUUCUCGUUAUGCUUUCUAGAAGUUUAUCCGGAAGUUUAUGUGAUCAUUAAUAUGAUGUUGAAUAUGUUAAACUGGAGGAUAAUAAAUGUUUGUUUGAAUUGA